AUGAAGCCAGCAGAGAUCAGAUUCUCUCUACAGAGACCUCUACAGCACAGAGAUCCAGCCAUGGCACCUACAAUCACUGCAGCAAUGACCAAUUCUCAGGAGCAUCUCACUCUGACCCACAAGCUCAGAAAGCCUCUGGUGGAGAAGUUACGCAGAGAGCGAAUCAACAGCAGCAUCGAGCAGCUCAAGUCUCUCCUGGGUCCAGACUUCCUCAACCAGCAGCCAGACUCCAAGCUGGAGAAAGCAGACAUCCUGGAGAUGACAGUUUGUGUCCUGAGACGACUGCAGCAGCAGCAUCAACAGCAGAGAAGACUGCUGAACCACGUCAACAAGCUGCAGUCUUCCUCUGACAGCAACCUGACAGAGGCUGACUUCUCUCCUCUGAGCCCCACAGUCCACACCAGCAUCACCAAAGACAAGAGUCCAGACAACAGCGCCCUCUGGAGGCCGUGGUAGACACCAACUCACUGGAGUUACUGCCACACAAACUCUCAUGACCACAUUGGUCAAAGAUUACUGGACUGAAUCCUUUGAAAUUUGAUGGACUUGUUCUUCUGUAUGUACAGAAGGCUGUAUUUUGUGUAUUGAGUUUGUUCAAGAUGACAUUUCCUGAGGAAAUGACAGCAACAAUAUCUUUCAAGUUGAGAAAGAGAACCUCUUGUCAUGCAUGUUGCAUGAACAACAUCUGAUUGCAUCAGCAAUUAUUAUCAUACCUCACUGUACUUCAUGUGUUGGUAGUAUAUGCUAUGAUAACAUUUGUUAUCUUUUGAUUGUUAUUGAUCAUUUUGAUCAGAAAACUUUAACUGUCCUUUUUAUGGACAUAUUGUCAUGAUGAACUUUAAUCUCUCUGAUUAAUCAAAACUGAUCUGAUGUCAGAUCCAAAUGUUUAUACUUUGUUCUAAAAGGUUAUAUUACUGUCACAAUUUUCCUGUGACACUUUUAUGAUUCACUUCACGACAUGUAUUGGUCAAAUUUAAUACAAUGGUUAUAUUUUUAACCUCUUGAUUAAUAAUGAUCAUAUUGAUCAAAAUUCUUAAUUUGUCCAUUUUAUGGACAAUUUGUCAUUUUGGACUUUCCCCCACUUGUGGGGUAAAAAUGAUCUGUUUUCAGAUCAAUAUGUUUGAUCAAAACUCAAAAGUGAUCUGUUGUGAGAUCCAAAUGUUUAUACUUUUUUUCUAAAAGGUAUGUUAAUAUCACUCUGUCACAAUUUUCCAGUGACUGUCAUGUGUUCUUUUAAUGAAAUUCAUGUAAUUAGCAGUUAUUAACCUGCUGUCGUCACCCUGUGAUAAUAUCCCUCUGAUCUGUUUUAAGGUCAGUUUUUACUGUUUUCUUUUGUUCAUGAAAAAUGUUUUGUCGUCUUUUAUAAAGACAGCUGUUCCUUCACUGAGUAUUCUGUGUACAGAGAACAUCUGGAAGCUGUUGGGAUGUGUGUUCAUCCCCAAUCAGAGCUUUUUCAAACUGGAUGUGGCUCAUUGUGCUCUGUUGAAUAAACAAACAAUG